AUGAGCCAGGAAUUAUUUGGUCUUGUUUCUUCGAGCUAUACCCUAGGCGGACUUCUCGGAGCCCUCCUGGCCGGGCCACUCUCUACUAAGUACGGGCGACUACUUGUUCUUCGGUCCUCAACAAUAUUCUUCAUCCUUGGCCCGCUUGCUGAAACUGUUGCCUUCCCCAUCUCCCUGUUUGUGGCAGGGAGGUUUUUGUCUGGUAUCGGAUCAGGUGCUUCUCUCGUGGUUGGGCCAAUCUACGUUUCCGAAGUCUCUCCAUCGAGCAGCAGGGGGAUGUUUGGCGCCGUAACUCAAGUUAUGGCCAAUAUUGGUAUCUUAUUAACGCAGGUAUUAGGAUAUUUUCUCAGUAAAGGAAGCACGUGGCGUAUUAUUCUCGCUGUGUCCGGGGGUAUUGGUGUUGUUCAGCUCUUUGGGCUGGUAUUUGUUGUCGAAAGUCCUGUUUGGCUCGCAGAUAGCCAGAACAUAGCCCAAGCCAAAAAGAUUUUGCAAAGAAUAAGAGGCCCUACAGCAGAUAUCAGUGAAGAAAUAAGAACCUGGGAAACCUCUGCUCCUUCCGGCCCAAGAGAUUCCAUAACCGUCGAAACGGAGGAAGAAGAAUCCCUUCUGGCAAACCCAUCGUCAAGAACUGCCUCCCAUACCAAAGAAGCCGUGUCUAUGUUUGGAGCGUUGAUGGAUCCAAUAUACAGACCCGCCAUAAUAUCCGUCAUCGCAAUAAUGCUUACACAACAGUUCACCGGCAUCAACAGCAUCGUCAUGUAUAGCGUCUCGCUCCUAUCUACUAUUCUACCGACGACUGCAGCUCUCCUAACAGUCCUAGUAUCCUGUCUAAACCUAAUUAUGACAGUCAUAUGCGCACCAUUAUCCGACAAACUCGGCCGGAAAACAUGUAUCCUGCUUAGUAUAGCAGGUAUGGGCAGCAUGUCUAUGCUACUUGCUAUAGGAAUAGCAUCCAAUUUCAAAGUCCUCUCGGCUGUGGCAACGCUCUUAUUUGUAGCAAGCUUCGCAGUUGGCCUUGGCCCCGUUCCAUUCAUUCUAGCCUCGGAGCUAGUAGGACCAGAAGCAGUUGGAGCAACGCAAAGUUGGGCUCUCGCAUCAAGCUGGAUAGCUACAUUUAUCGUUGCCCAGUUUUUCCCAAGCCUUAAUGAACACAUGGGUGGUAAGGGACAAAUUUAUUGGCUAUUCACUGCGAUGGCACUCAUACUUGGAUCAUUUAUCGGGUGGUGGGUUCCUGAGACGAAAGGGAAGAGUGGUAUGGAUGAAGUUUGGGGGCGGACUAGGAGAGCGAGCGACUAA